UUGGGCUUAACUUAAACCCUAAGGUUGACUCAGGUGAUUGCGCUGAACAAGGCAUUGGCCUUAGUUAACAUAAAUAUUUAGAGCAAAUAUAAAAUUCGGAUGACAUUCUUUCUGAACUGACCAAGAUGAAGUUUGGAAAUACGCUAACUGAAUUAGCUCGAAUUGACAGUAAAUAUGGGUAUGAGUAUUUUCAAUACAACUUGCUGAAAAAACACAUAAAGCAAAUGAAAGAGGAAAAACAACCCAAAAAAGAAGUAGAGUUCGUACAAAUGAUGGACAUAGAAUUGCAACGAAUCAAGAAGCUGAUAUCAACAAAGAUUGAAGAAUUGAGAAAUAAGUUCAGAACCAUUGAAAAGAACAUUGAAAUCAAGGGACGCAAUAAUUGUGACGACUCUGACGAAAUCCAUCGUCUAAAACAGUUUGCAGACGACUUGGCAGACGAAUUAUCAUACAUAAACACGUUUGCGCAUUACAAUAAUGAAGGAUUUCGAAAGAUCGUGAAAAAACAUGACAAAGCGGUUGGGAUCCGUUCGUAUUGGUUUGAAGCCCAAAAACAGGGCCAGUUUUUCGACGAAGUAUCCAAUGAGGUGGAGGGCAUGUUAGUCCAGCUAAGUGAUCUGUAUGAACAUAUCAGAAAUGAAGAUAAACUGUCUUGUACUGAAACUGACGCAGAUGCUCAACAACCAUCUAAAGAAAAUAAAUCAUCACAGGAGAGUUUCGAAAGAAAAAGCAGUAAAUACUGGGUGAAUCGUGAAGAUGUUUUCAAGCUGAAGACGAUGCUGGUGAAGCACUUGCCUAUCUUUAUAUUCCAUCGGGGCAAAGACGAUGUCGAUCAACGACAUUUAAAUCGAAGGAAGAUAAGCAUAAUGCUUGAUCAGCACCAAGCCGAGUUUGAAAAAUUGAAGAGCUUACAGAAAACGGGUUGGAUAUCUUCAGUUUAUUUCGACAGUUCGGAUCUUCAUUCCUACCACAAGAGACUUGAUAUGAAAGAAGGUUCAACGUUGAUUCGCCUGCGAUGGUAUGCUGAUCCAAAUGAGCUCUCUGGAAGUAAAGAUGAGAAUUGUUUCAUUCCAAACCCUCCUGCUACGGGUUCAACUGGUUUAUAUUUCGAGAGAAAGACACACCACGAGUCGUGGGUCCUUGAUAGGAGUCUGAAAGAGAGAUUUCCCAUAGACAGUUCCUCCAUCAUGGAUUAUGUAACAGGAAGAAAAUCCGCAGCUGACUGCUGUCUGAGUAAAUCUGGGAAUGCCCUAGCAGAGGAUAUUCAAAGAGAAAUCGUAAAGAAAAGAUUGGUUCCCAUUGUCAGGACGGUGUAUAAGAGAUCUGCAUUUCAACUUGUGUCAUCUGAUGACGUCAGAAUCACCUUGGACCAAUCUCUGUCUUUUGUAAACGAACACCCAGAUGUUAGAGACCAAUCACUGUGGUAUCGUCCAACCCAAACAAUAGAAUGCAAAGAAGAGGAUUGCCUAAGUUUCAAAGCUGCAGUUUUAGAGGUCAAGUUGAAAACCGAUUCUCCUCCGUGGCUCGAAGAAAUUCUUUCUUCUCCAAUAAUACGCAUGGUCAGCAAGUUUUCCAAGUUCCAACAAGGGGCAGCUUCAUUCAAUGCAGACAGAGUAAAAAUAUUUCCUUAUUGGUUCGAGGAAGAAGAAAUGGACCAGGCGAAACUAAGAACGGAAAGGAUAAGAGAAGGAUGCGACAAAGUCGACACCAUCAGCGAGGACCUAAAUCGGAAAGUUUCCUUCCCAAGGAUGAGCCUUACCUGCAAAUCUAAUAUGAAAGCAUAUGUCAAUGGGGGUUUCACAGACGCCGUGGUAACUAACCAACAAACACGAACACAUAACAAACCAAGUGCGUCCAAAUCUGAAAAUUCGCGUAUCGUUGAGGUUUCCCCUACAACCACUGAAGAUCGUGAUGUAAACAUUGAAAGCGGGUGUUGUUUUGGAAGGAACAAAUCUUACAAAAAAGCAACAAAAAGGCUGAAAAUUGAGCCUAAAACAUACUUCGCAAACGAAAGAACGUUUAUGCAAUGGGGGCAGGCUGGGAUGUUUCUGCUUGGUGUUGGAGGAGCUUUAGUUGGUAUUCACGACCAGGCCACGAGGAAUAUCAGCAUCAUGUUCUUUGCUUUGUCACUAUUUAUGUUCAUCUAUGCUUGCACUGUGUUCUAUGUCCGCCUGCAUUUGAUCAAAAAAGGAAACGCUUCUAGAUUUGAUGAUUGGUUCGGUCCAGGUAUAUUGACAGUGUUCCUAAUUGGGGGGAUAUGUGCGACAUUUUACAUGUCCCCCCCGGGUCAAAUAAAAGUUUUAGAAACUGUGUUCCCACAAUUUGAGUCUCCAUCCUGCCACCGUCUUCCGCUGCAGAAUACUCCUCUGUUCUUUACCCCGAGUGACCUUGCCUCAAUUGAUCCUGACAGGCGGAUUGCCUGGACAUGUUCCGACAACAGGAUUGCCAUGGUUGAUCUGGAUACUGGGGUGUUUAAGGAAGAAAUAACUGUUGGUGGAAAUAUUGCUGGCUCGGGAUCUGCCUUGCUGGAUUUCGAAAGUUUAACAUUCGCAAAUGAUCCUAAUAUCAUCUACAUUGGAUCUGAAGGAGAACUAAAUGGAAUUUUGGAAUACGACAUCAGCAAGGGAGCGAUUCUUCGGACUAUGUCGUUUGGCACCAAAUGGGGUAACAGCAAUUCGUUGGAAAGUUUGGCAUACAUGGAUACAUACAUGGCUCGGGCAUUGCUGCCUAACGCAUCAGUAUCCAUCGUGGGUAACGGUACCUUUAUCGUUCGCCCAACGCGAAAUUUGAUGAUGUUCUACGUCCCCGUAGAUCAUGAUCGGCAAACCAUAGACGCAAAAAAGAUUAAAGUUCCCCGAGAGUUAGAAGAUGAAAAGGUUGGCGCUAUGACGGUUCAUGAAAAUAUUCUUUACUUGUUGUUCGACAAUGUACUGUCUCUCGUGGGGUUGGACCUGAUCACCGGGGCAGUAACCAUCCAUCGAAUCCCAGGGACAAUAAAAAAUUGGGAAGGACUUCUCUUCCGCAAACACGAUGCGGGAUUAUGGGUGUAUCUUUCAAAGGAUAAUCCGGCUGAAAUAUGGAGAUUUGAAUUCAACCAAUCGAAGGGCUUCUCGGGAUGUUAAUCUUCAAAUAUGAUGGACGCAUUCAAAGUGGAUAAAGGAUAUUAUACCUUGAAUAUGAAUUGAAUUAUUUAAUUAUGGCUCGAUUAUGUAUUGUCAUGUAUAUUCUUUGUUAUUGAAAAACAAUAACAAGCUUGGGGACAAUUAGUUUUCGAAGCAAAGUACCAGGUAUGGUAUGGUGGUAUUGUAUUAUUUUAGACACUCAUAUAUUUGACUAUGAGUACUUUCUUACAAUAAAUAAAAAAUCAUAAAAAAUCUUAAACUUGACAAACAACGUCCUUCGUAUACAUCAACUUGGUCAAACGAGUAGUUGAAAUCACGCGGUCCUAACUUCGACCGUUAAUUUGAAUUUUUGACCUACCGGAUGUUUGAAAAUCAAGGAUUACGAGUCUCAUACUGCACCGUUUUUCUUCAAACUUGUUCCAUUUAAAGCAUAACGCAAAU